UUAAAUAGCGAUAUUUUUAUAUAAAUUUCACAAAACUAUUACAUUUUCAUUUAUUUAAAUUGGGCGCUUGAAUUUAUCAGUCCAAUUUGUUGUAUAAUAUAAUUUAAGAUUUCCAUUUUAGUUCUAAUCGCCAAAUAAUAGAGGGUGUCAGUGCAUUUCCGGUUUCGAACUUCUGACAGCAUCAUUGUAAAUCGUUUGAACUCAAUUAGAGGAUACAUUAUCAAUUUUUGGUCAUAUCAAAAUGGCUAAAAAACAGCAGGAUGCGCUGUCCUUCUUUAAAGAUUUCAUGGCUGGAGGUGUUUCUGCUGCCAUUGCGAAGACAGCCGUUGCGCCAAUUGAAAGAGUCAAAUUGUUGCUUCAAGUCCAGCACGCCUCAAAACAAAUUUCAAAGGAACAGCAAUAUAAAGGUAUGAUUGAUUGCUUCGUGAGAAUUCCCAAAGAGCAAGGUUUUCUGUCUUAUUGGCGUGGUAAUUUUGCCAACGUCAUCAGGUACUUCCCGACGCAAGCUUUAAACUUCGCGUUCAAAGAUGUAUAUAAACAGAUAUUCAUGGCGGGAAUCAACAAAGAUACGCAGUUCUGGAGAUGGUUUGGUGCUAACUUGGCAUCCGGUGGAGCGGCUGGUGCUACAUCUAUGUGUUUUGUGUAUCCUUUGGAUUACGGCAGAACCAGAUUGGGAGCGGACGUUGGCCGCGGUACCGCAGAACGUCAAUACACAGGCCUUCUGGACUGUAUCCAGAAAACAUUAAAAACUGAUGGUAUUGUUGGUCUAUAUCGUGGUUUUAUUGUAUCCGUCCAGGGAAUCAUUAUCUACAGAGCAGCGUAUUUUGGAUGUUUCGACACAAUUAAAGGUUCAUUGCCGGAUCCCGAAAAUACGCCGUUCAUCAUCGCCUUCAUCAUAGCUCAAGCUGUCACAACUUUCUCUGGAUUGUGUUCGUAUCCUCUGGACACCGUGAGAAGACGCAUUAUGAUGCAGUCUGGUAUACCGAAGAAAGAUUGGAUGUAUAGCGGAACUUUAGAUUGUUGGCGCAAAAUACUGGCGCAGGAAGGUCUGAAGGCUUUCUAUAAAGGGGCCUUAUCAAACAUUUUCCGUGGUACAGGAGCAGCACUUGUAUUAGUAUUUUACGACAAGAUUAAGACAUUAAUUUAAAAGUUUAUAUAAACGCAUUACUAUUUAUUCUGUGUUUUAAUAUUAAACUAGACUAGAACAGUAUAAAACUUGAUUCAAAACCGAAUGUAGUAUUGUUAGUAUAUUAGGGGGUAAACUUUAAACAGUCAGCCCAGUUUUAUUUUCUUUAUAUUUUUUUUUCCUUUCUUUAUAGUUCAAUAUGUAAAAUACGUCUUUUUUUGGGAGCAUUCAGAAAAUAAAGUUAUAAUUUAGUUCUUUAUACAUGUAAUUGUUU